AAUAAAACUUGGCGAAAUACAGAGCUCUUUAAAAACGCCUAAAAAGACGUCAAAACCCAGACAGUACCUAACUUCUGCUUGAAGAAAAGUCAAAGGUCACUAAAAGCAAGAUGGCGGCGCUCGUGGAUCAGGAAAUUUGCGGCGUGAAAACAAAACUGUCUAAGUCGGAAAGGAAGGCUCACAAGAAGCAGAACAAGGCGCGGCAGACUUUAUUAAGACACGAAGGCAUCAAUACGAGCAGGGAAGUCACCAAGCACCUGGUCGUGGCCAAUGCAGGGUUGAGCAACGGGGUUCACAGAGAAGAGCUGUGGAGACUGUUUGAGCCUCAUGGCGACAUACAAGACAUUGUCAUGGUUACGGGGAAACCGUACGCUUUUGUUUCCUACAACGACGAUCAGUCGGCUGCUGCAGCAUACACCGCCUUCAACGGGAGGAUACUGAAAAGUCCAGAAGAGCUGCAGCAGCCUAAUGUCACGUUUUACCUGAACUAUAUUGAUGAAGUCCCUUCCCAGAGAGCGACAGGGUUGGACCUACCCCCAGGGUUGCGGUUAGUGGAAGAUUUUGUCAGUCCUGCCUGCGCGGACAGGCUGUUGGAAGGGCUUGGAUGGAGCAACGAGCAUCAACAUCACAUGGAUGCUGAACAAGCUUUGAAGCACAGAAGAGUGAAACACUUUGGCUACGAGUUUAGGUACGAUAACAACAAUGUGGACAAGGAUACGCCUCUCCCGGGCGGCCUUCCUGAUUGGUGCAGCCAGGUGAUUGACAGGAUGAUGUCAGAGGGACACAUCAAACACAAGCCUGAUCAGAUUACAGUCAACCAAUACCAGCCUGGGCAGGGAAUCCCUCCCCAUGUGGAUACCCACUCAGCAUUUGAAGAUGAGAUUUCUUCCCUCAGUUUGGGUGGACAGACAGUUAUGGACUUCAAGCACCCCAGUGGAAAACGAGUAUCUAUAGUCCUGCCUGCCCGCAGUCUACUGGUCAUGGCUGGAGAGGCUAGGUACCUGUGGACCCAUGGGAUCAUCCCCAGAAAGAUGGACCCUGUUCCUGUGAAGGGGCAGGAAGACUCCAUGACACUCGCCAGACGGGAGGUCCGCACGUCGUUCACGUUCAGGAAGAUUAGGCAUACACCUUGUGACUGCAAGUACCCAUCCCAGUGUGACUCCCAGCUGCAGAGGCCUGGUGCGUCCCUCCCCAGGAGUGAGGGGGAGGCAGCCCAGCUGGAACAGCAGCAUGUGCACCAGGUAUAUGAGGACAUCGCUUCUCACUUCAGUUCUACUAGACACUCCCCGUGGCCACGAGUCGUUGAUUUCUUAAAGACACAGCCCAUUGGAGCUUUAGUGGUGGACGUAGGUUGUGGGAAUGGGAAGUACCUGGGAGUUAACAAGGACGUGUACUCUCUGGGGAAUGACCGCAGCUGUGGUCUGGCUGACAUCUGCAGGGACAGACACCUGGAGGUGUUUGUGUGUGACGCCCUGUCUGUACCCAUCCGCACUGGGACUGUGGAUGCAGCCAUCAGUAUAGCUGUCAUUCACCACUUCUGUACACAGGAAAGAAGACUGAAAGCUGUUAAGGAGCUGACCAGGCUUCUCAAGCCAGGAGGGAAGGCCCUCAUCUAUGUCUGGGCUUUCGAGCAAGAAUACAAGAAUGUCAAGUCCAACUACUUAAAGGACACUAAAGAGCCCCAGAACGAUGAUGUCAGAGACAACAGCAGCACGACAACUGAUGACAUCAGAGGUGCAAUGAGUCCAGAUGUUGUUCCGAAUUAUUCAGUACAAGAACAACAAGGUGUAGGACUACCCGUUCAUGUCAACAGAACCUCCUUUAAGUCCCAGGACAUGCUGGUUCCUUGGCACUUCAGGGACAGUGCAAAGAAACAGGAGAAGGAUUCUCGCCCAGGUGUCAAAGUGUCGAGUAACUCGGGUGAAGAGAAGUCGGAAAAUGCUGAAACGAAUCCGGAAAAACACAACAGAAAUGGGACCGAAGAGACAAGGACAAGUAACACGAGCAAUGAGCAAGAUAGGAGUAAACUGUCAGACCCAGGAAGUCAGAAAAAGCAGGCUUUAGAGGAUGAGAAGUUGGAAAGUUCAUCAGGCGCUUGUGCAUCAGUUUGCCAUCAGGAGAAGAGCCAAGAAGGACCAGUGUACCAUAGAUUUUACCAUGUUUUUAAGGAUGGAGAAAUAGAGGAACUCUGUAACAGCGUGCCUGGUAUUUCGGUCAUAGAUAGGUACUAUGACAAAGGCAACUGGUGUGUCAUUAUACAGAAAGGUUUGUAGGCAGAUAAAUUAAGAUUCUGAAGAUGACGGUGGAAAAUACAAAAUGUACUAUGUAAACUGUUAUAUACCUUGGAAAGUUUGUGUACAAAAUAAAAUCUCUGAUAAUCAUUA